UGCAUAUUGCGUUACGUAUUGUGACAUCAUCCAACGGUCAGAGUUUUUACUAUUUAUUCUUAUUAUUUCACCAAAAUUCUCCGAAAUUUUGAAAUCAUGGCCGCCGAGUCCUAUCAGCAAAGCUCAGCAACAGUACAACUCGGAGCCGGUAAAGACUUCAUCCACACCGAUGUAAUUCCUCAACCUGGAGAAACCAUCUUGGAUUUAGGCUGCGGCACUGGCGAGUUGUCUGCCUACCUUGCUGAACUGGUUGGACCCAAAGGGUCUGUUAUUGGCGUCGAUCCUGACUUCAGCCGACUGCAACUGGCCAAGGAAACUCAUCGUAAUGUAGAGAACCUCUCUUUUAUAGAAGGCAACUCAAAUCAGUUCGAAGGCAUGGGCUUCGACACUUUCGAUAUUAUUUUCUCUAAUUAUGUACUUCACUGGAUACCUGACAAAAGCAAGGCGUUUAGAAACAUGUUGAACAGUUUGAAAUCUGGUGGGAAAGUCGCCAUACAGUACAUAGAUGCCCUACCUCCCUUGCUGGUUUCUUCGCUUGAAAUUUUGAAUCCGGAGACGUCUGAACAAUUAAACAACAAGUUGCAUCUCGUAAAGAGAGAUGAUGUUGAUCUUAUAUGUGCGACGGCAGGAUUUAAUGUUGUGAAGAGCUAUUACAUCAAAGAUACUACAGUUGUUUAUCCCAGCGUGGAAAGCCUUCUACAGUGGUCUGUGGGCACUUCACAUGGAGUUUUCGAUGUAAAUCUUGUAACCCAAGAAAGAAUUAAGCUAUUGUUGCAGAAGUUUGGAAACCCACCGUUCGAUUUGACUGAAAAUUCCUUCGACUGCAGACUUGUUGCCGUAAAAUCAAAAUCACAGACACUGUAAAUGCCGGUAUAUUACCCUAAUAGCGAAGACGUAGGUUGAUGAUCGCAAAUACGAAAAUGUUGAAUGUAUGAGAGUGCAUGUCGAUAGUGAAGCUUACUUUGCUGACGGUCGAAAA